GUACUUGCAGUCGUCGGUGAGGAAGAAACAUAAGGCCCAAGUCUUAAUGGGAGUCCUUGUGCUGGAAUUAUCACUCGACAUUCUCCGAUGGCAAUGAAAUUCAAAUAUUCAAUGCAAAAGCGGGAAAAGAAAGAAAUGGCGGACAAAGAGAAGAGCAGUGUUCGAAAGCCUCUAAGCUUAAACGACAGCCACUAUCGUUUCCUGCAAGAUUUCUCUGCUCCUCCCAAAGCCAUCCCUAAACCCUCAUCCUCGAAAGAAGGAGAAGAGUCUGAGGAGGAGACAUUCCAAGUACGACGUCGUCUUUGCAAACAAACCCAUAAAGAUGAUUCUAUUCCUCACUUCUCUGGAAUCACUGAUUUUGAUUCUCCUAUUGAAGAAGAACCAAAGCCUGCAAAGGUAAAAAUUGAGGGUAGGCGUCGAUUGUGUAAAAUCUUAUCUCAAGAUGAUGGGGAUGCCGGGAAAACAUCAAUUCUUAAUGAACCUAAUUUUUCUGAAAUUUGUGAUUUUGAUUCACCUUUACCAACAAGGCACGUGAGUGAGGGUGGAAGUCAAAUUAGGGAUAUCUUAAAUGACUUGAGCUCCAAGCUUGAGCUUUUGUCUAUAGAGAAAAAGGCAGCGCCCCCCAAAAAAAUUCCAGAAUAUGCUAGUGCUGAGUCUUCAUUUUCUGGUUCACCUGUUCCAUCUGAUUCCUCAUCAGGUGUGAUUGUGACUAAGAAUGUUGGAGGUGGUGUUCAGGAUGUGGUUGAUUUGUGUGAAAAUGAGGUUGAUUUUUUUGAGAAGGUACAUAAAAUCAAUGAUACUAAUAGUGUAGGAUUGAUGAAGAAGGAAUCAAACAGGGUUGAUGAGAAAUUGGUGUCUGCAAGACAGUCUUUUGAGUCAAAUGUUGAGGAAGAAGAAGAAAAGAGUGAAUUGCAGGGUGACUUUGGGGAUGGCACUCUUGUUACUAGGGUACAUGAACCUAAAAAAAUUUUUCGAAGGCUAAAGAAGAGUGAGCCCAAAAAUGUGUAUGAGCGGUUGCAGUCUUUGGGUAGAUCUUUUGCAUCUAAAUAUGGAGAAGAAGAGGAUGAUGAUGAUCAAUCUGAGGAAGGUGAUGAGCUGGAAGAUGACACCUUAUCAGAGGGUGACCAGCCGUUUAUUUUGAGUGGCCCAAAAUCAACCUAUAAGCUGCCGACUAAGAUUGUGAAAAUGUUGUACCCGCAUCAGCGCGAGGGCUUGAAAUGGCUUUGGUCUUUGCAUUGCCAGGGUAAGGGUGGAAUCUUAGGGGAUGACAUGGGCCUGGGAAAAACAAUGCAGAUUUGUGGCUUUCUAGCAGGUUUAUUUCAUUCAAAGUUGAUUAAAAGAGCUUUAAUAGUUGCCCCCAAGACAUUGCUCUCUCAUUGGAUCAAAGAACUAUCUGUUGUAGGCCUUUCUGAGAAGACUAGAGAGUACUUUGCAACUUCUUCUAAAACUCGGCAAUAUGAGCUCCAAUAUAUACUUCAGGACCAAGGUGUUCUUCUAACAACAUAUGAUAUUGUAAGGAACAACCAUAAAUCUUUAAAAGGAGAAAGUUACUACAGUGAUGACGAUGAUGAGGAUGGUAUCAUUUGGGACUACAUGAUUCUUGAUGAGGGGCAUCUCAUCAAAAAUCCUAGCACCCAAAGGGCAAAAAGUUUGCUUGAUAUACCAAGUGGUCAUCGGAUAGUCGUAAGUGGCACACCAAUUCAGAACAAUCUUAAGGAACUAUGGGCCUUGUUCAACUUCUGUUGCCCUGAGCUACUUGGUGAUAAUAAAUGGUUUAAGGAAAGAUAUGAACAUGCUAUUUUACGUGGAAAUGACAAAAAUGCCUCAGAGAGGGAGAAGCGUGUUGGCUCAACGGUUGCAAAGGAGCUAAGAGAACGUAUUCAACCUUACUUUUUACGCCGGUUAAAGAAAGAGGUAUUCUGUGAAGAUGAUGCCACAACUGCCAAGCUUUCUAAGAAAAAUGAGAUCAUUGUGUGGUUAAAGUUGACUGGUUGCCAGCGCCGACUGUAUGAAGCCUUUUUGAAGAGUGAGAUAGUUCUCUCAGCUUUUGAUGGCUCACCUCUAGCUGCAUUGACGAUUCUGAAAAAAAUAUGUGAUCACCCACUUCUCUUGACAAAGAGAGCUGCUGAGGACGUACUGGAAGGGAUGGAUUCAAUGCUGAAUUCGGAAGAUGCUGGCAUGGCAGAAAAGUUGGCAAUGCAUGUUGCUGAUGUUGCUGAAACAGAUGACUUUCAAGAUAAUCAUGACAAUCUCUCAUGCAAAAUAUCUUUUUUACUCUCACUUUUGGAUACUUUAAUUCCAAGGGGCCACCAUGUUCUUAUAUUUUCUCAAACCCGUAAAAUGCUCAAUCUUAUCCAGGAAUCUCUAGAAUUGAAUGGCUACAAAUUUUUACGUAUCGAUGGUACCACAAAAGCAAGUGAUAGAGUGAAGAUUGUUAAUGAUUUUCAAGACGGCACUGGGGCUCCUAUAUUUCUUCUGACAUCUCAAGUUGGUGGUCUAGGCCUCACACUUACAAAAGCUGAUCGUGUCAUUGUGGUUGAUCCUGCGUGGAACCCAAGCACGGAUAACCAAAGUGUUGAUCGUGCAUAUCGAAUUGGGCAAAAGAAGGAUGUUCUUGUGUACAGGUUGAUGACCUGUGGAACUGUUGAAGAAAAGAUAUACAGAAAACAGAUAUAUAAGGGGGGAUUGUUUAAGACUGCAACCGAGCACAAAGAACAGAUUCGUUACUUUAGCCAGCAGGAUCUUCGGGAACUUUUCAGUCUUCCUAAACAGGGGUUUGACAUUUCACUCACCCAAAAGCAACUACAUGAAGAGCAUGAUCGCCAACAUAAAAUGGACGAGUCAUUGGAAACCCACAUAAAAUUUCUAGAAACACUGGGAAUAGCAGGAGUUAGUCAUCACAGUUUACUUUUCUCUAAAACAGCACCUGUACAAGUUGUACAAGAAGAUGAAGACAUAUGGAGAAAAGGAACUACAGCUGUGGGACAUUCAUCUUCAAGCUCUUCAGUUGAGCGUAAUAUUGAUGGGGCUGAAUAUGCUUUCAAGCCAAAGGAUAUCAGACUGAGUAGGAAAAUCUCUUCCCCCGAGAAUGCAGCUAAAUUAACUGAGAGUGAAAUUAAAGAGAGAAUUAAUCGGUUGUCUCAAAUAUUUUCUAACAAGGUUACUGUUUCAAGGUUACCUGAUAAGGGAGCAAAGAUAGAGAAGCAGAUUGCUGAACUGAAUGAAGAGCUCCACAAGAUGAAGAUGGAAAAGGAAGCUAAAGAUGAAGCAGGUGUAGAUGACAUAACUGGAGAACUCCAAAGAGUGUUGAAUGUAUAGGAGCUCAGGGAAAUGCUUGGCUAUCCGAAUUUUUUGCCAAGUCCGAAUCUAGUCCGACCUGAUUGUGGUGGAAAUAGUUAAAUGGAUGUCUUUGUGGGUAGACUUUAUCUCUUAUAAAAAAUGCCCUUCUUAUGUACACAAGAAAUCAAGGAUAUCAAAAUUAUAAACUGAUAAUUUAUAUGCCUUAAUGCGAAAUAUCAUAUGCUUUCAUUUUGCUUGCAAUGUACCAAUUUACUUACAAGUUUAGCUC